GGCUGGAUAUGGCGUAACGUUUUCUUGUCCAACAAAACAAGGAAAUAUUCAAUUGACAGAUAAUGGAAGCGGUGGCGGAGGGACUGUGGGGUCUGGCGGAUUACCACGAGAAGACGGGAGAAAUAGGGAAAGCCAUCAAGUGCUUGGAGGCGAUCUGCCAGUCUCGCGUCUCCUUUCUCCCCAUCAUCGAGGCCAAGACUCGCCUCCACGUCGCCACCCUCCUCCUCCGUCACACCCACAACCUCAACCACGCCAAAGCCCACCUCGAGCGCGCCCAAUUGAUCCUCAACUCUAUCCCUUCAUGCUUCGAAUUGAAGUGCAGAGCCUACAGCUUGCUCAGCCACUGCUACAAUGUUCUGGGUUCCAUACCUCACCAGAAGCAGAUCUUAUAUAAAGCUCUUCAACUUACUUCUACUGUUCCUCCAGAUGUUUCAGUCCACUUAUGGUCUUGCAACUUCAAUUCGCAACUAGCAAAUGCCCUUGUAAUUGAGGGAGACUACCAAAGUUCUCUUACUGCUUUGGAGUCUGGUUAUGUUUCUGCUUCUCAAAUUGGUUAUCCUGAGCUGCAGAUGUUCUUCACCUCUUCUAUACUGCACGUGCAUCUCAUGCAGUGGGGUGAUCAGACCUUGGUUGAGCAAUCCGUUGGCAGAUGCGACGACGUGUGGAAGACAAUUCACCCUGAAAGAAGAGCGAACUGCCUUGGGUUAUUCUUUUACAACGAGCUGCUGCACGUAUUCUACCGACUUAGCAUCUGCGAUUACAAGAAUGCUUCCCAACAUUUAGACAAAUUGGACAAUGCUGUGAAGGCUGAUUCACAAAAGAUUCGGGAAGUGCAGCAGCUGACUAAUGAACUUAAUGCCUUGAAUCAAAGUCUCUCUCGCUCUGAUUUACCAUCAAGGGAGAGAUCAGCACUCAUCACAAGGCAAGCUCAGCUUCGAGAGAGGAUUGGAAAUAUGACUAUGUCUAGCUCAGUUGGAAAAGAAACCUCAGAAUCUGCAUUUCUUGGAACUAUAAGACAAGUUUGGGAAGAUAAGAUUGUCAUGGCACCAGCUCCUAUGAAUGGGGAAUGGCUACCAAAGAGUGCUGUUUAUGCACUUGUUGAUCUUAUGGUGGUCAUAUUUGGGCGCCCAAAAGGAAAUUUUAAAGAGUGUGAAAACCGGAUUCAGUCUGGAAUGAACAUUAUAAAAGAGGAACUGGUCAAGCUGGGAAUAACUGAUGGCGUGAGAGAAGUGGAUUUGCAGCAUUCAGCUAUCAGGAUGGCUGGUGUGUAUUUAACACUACUGAUGCAGUUUCUUGAGAAUAAAGUGGCUGUGGAGCUCACACGAUCUGAAUUUGUUGAAGCACAAGAGGCCUUGGCUCAAAUGAAGAAUUGGUUCACUCGCUUUCCAACAAUUUUACAGGCUUGUGAGAGCAUAAUUGAGAUGCUUAGAGGGCAAUAUGCACAUUCUGUUGGUUGUUAUAGUGAAGCUGCUUUUCAUUAUGUUGAAGCUGCUAAGCGAACAGAGAGCAAAUCAAUGCAAGUUAUGUGCCAAGCUUAUGCCGCUGUUUCCUGCUUCUGUAUUGGUGAUGCUGAAUCAUCUUCACUGGCACUUGAUUUGAUUGGACCAAUUAAUGAAAUGAGGGAUUCUUCUAUUGGAGUCAGAGAGGAAGCCAGUAUUCUUUUUGCUAAUGGGCUUUUAUUAAUGAAGCAGCAAGAUCUGCAUGAAGCUAGGAACCGACUGGCCAAGGGUCUGCAGAUUGCCCAUAAUCACAUGGGAAACCUUCAACUUGUUUCUCAGUAUUUGACAAUCCUUGGGAAUUUGGCACUUGCUCUUCAUGACACUGGACAAGCUAGAGAGAUUCUGAGAUCCUCACUUACAUUGGCAAAGAAGCUUUCUGAUGUUCCAACUCAGAUCUGGGUUCUUUCUGUCCUAUCAGUUUUGUAUCACCAAUUAGGUGAGAAGGGAAGUGAAAUGGAGAAUGAUGAAUAUCGAAGCAAGAAGUUGGAUGAUCUUCAAAAGAGGCUUGCUGAUGCACGAUCUUCUAUCCAGCACAUUGAACUAAUUGAGAAAGCAAAAAUUGAAGUUCUGCAAUAUCAUGAGCUAGACAAGCGUGCAAUAGCAGGGCAAGCUAUGAGGGUCAAUCUUGACAUACCGGAAUCUGUUGGCCUGUCAACACCAAUGCCAAUUCAAUCUUCAUCGAGGCUAGUGGAUUUAGACAUAGGAAGACGCGGAAAGAGAAAACUCUAGUAAUUUUUCUUACAUUUUUAUCACCUUUGUUUUAUGUGGGAAGCAAGACUUUAGAUGCCAACUAUCUAGGUGACUCAAUGUAAUCUCUUCUUUAAAUAGAGCAAGAGAUUUUGGAUUCAAGUUUUAUGACGUGUGGGUAAGAUGUGAGAGAAUUGCCUUUUAUUAUAUAAUAUAAAAUAAGAAAAAUGUUAAGGCAAAUACUAGGAUAUUGUAACUCUGGUAGUAGACUUGGCCAUGUACGAGAGCCAUGAGUGUAUAAUUUUGGUUUGAAGCUACUUAAAUGUAAACUAGUUAAAGUGAAUGUUUUAAUAACAUGAUUGAUUCUAU